AUGGCCCAGCCCCUCACAGACCCGCCGAUGCGCACCUCCCUCCUCCUGGCGCUCACGACCCAGCAGACCCUGCUGAACGAGCUCUUCACCGCCCUGCCCUCGGGUGCCGCCGACGUUCCUGCGCUGCACGCCUCGCUCGUCCAGUCCGCGUCGCAGCUCGACGCGCUGGCCAAAGAGGCAGAGGAACACCAACGCAAAUGGGGCCAGCUACUCGCCAAACAGGCCGAGGUGUCAGCUCUCGAGGGCAGGGUACGCAGCUUGAUAAAGGAGCUGGAAGGCGGCAGGAUCGAGUUGGAAGGUAUGGUGGACGAGGGCAAGAAGGUUGCAGAGGGCAUUGACAAGAGCGAAAGGGACCCCGUCGACGUCCCCGUCCUCCUCGCGCACGCGCACGCGCUGGCGCGCUCGACGUCGGCGCCCGUCUCGUCCCUCCUCGCCCCCGUGGACAAGGCGCAGGCGACACCAUGGCCCAACGAGAUGAACAUGCGUCAAGGACUGCUCUUCCAGCUCGAGGGAAGCAUGAGCGGUGUGGGAGAUGUGGGCGUGAUUGGAGAAGAGAAACCCGCAGACGACAAGGCGGACCAAGUGCAGGUCGUGCAGGAGGACAGCGGACGGCGCUUCGACCCUGGUGCAGUGUUCCAGCUCGAUCUGGACUCGGACGAGUCGGACGACGACUAG